AUGAGAUCGACUGAAGAUGAAAGACCAUCAAAACGAGCCCGUCAGGCUUGCGAGCCAUGUCGCCGGAAAAAGUCGCGUUGCCCAGGGGAGAAACCGACUUGCUCGUAUUGCGAGCGACUGGGUCAACAGUGCGUGUAUGCAGGCACCGAGAUUGGAGAGGAAGGCCCGGGGCACUCUCAGAAGAUGAUGGAGCAACGCAUUUCCGGCAUUGAGGGGAAGCUAGAACAGCUGAUGGAAUAUAUUACGCGACCUGCCUCAAAUUACCUCUCCUCGCCAGUUGUCCCCGAGAAUGACCCUCGGAUACCAGAAAUUCCACCUCCGGAAAGUUCUUCUAUAGCUGGAUCAUCCGGGGCCCCAGACGCUGAGCUUUAUCUGACGUUUUGUAACGCGCAGCCCCUUCUGCUAUUCCCCCACAGAUCCUCUCUGGCCUCCCUGGGGAAACGGGACCCCGAGCUUCUACUCGCAAUUGAAGCUCUUGGGGCCCGCUUCAAAGGACUAGGGGUCAUUGACCAGAACAUACAAUUGGAGAUCAAGAGAAAAACAGAAAGGGCCCGUCAGAUGGUCAUGAUGCGUCUGGCAUCCGGUACUGUGGAGCUAUCUACGAUCCAGACCCUUUGCCUUCUAAGUAUGCUGGAAUUCACAGCGGGUCACAUCAUUCGCGCAGGGUCUUAUACCAGACUUGCCACAUAUUUGAUGGGGAAUCUCAGAAUAAAUGGUCUAGAGUCUCUAAGCAAUUUGGAAACCGAGCGUGACGAGCGCAAGCUCUGCCACGUAAGCCUCAUCCUGCUUAAGAACCUUCAGGGGUCCCUACAUCCACCUAGAGACAGCCUGGACUUACUUGCAGAACCUGGUAAAAUCCUGUCUCCAUUGGGAGCGAUGAUUUUCAACAAAGAGAUUACCCGUGGAACCAGUGGCGACUCUAAGCCAGAUAUUGGCAUCAAUGGUAGCAGUGUCUACACGAGCGAGCUGUGGGCGAUGGCAUGUAAUUAUGCCGCCAGUCAUGUCGGUGUUGACGCUCAUCCCCCGUGGUCUCCGAACUCCGAUUACACUAUGAUUAAUUUCCGACACUGUGAGCACGAGAGUCUCAUGCCACUGCGGUUCCGACUUCAUGCAAGUCGCUUCCAAGACUAUCCCCCCGCCGAACUUCAGGCUCAUCGUGACUACUGGAGCCCAUGGCUAUUCUUCCAGUUGGUUUGGCAUGCGGUGCCUUGUUUAGUGAACCAUCCAUUUCUGUUAUCUAUGCGACUUCGGAAUUUCCGGAGGACAAUGCCUCAGUCAUUCCUGCGCAAUUCCUUCGAGCAGCUGACAUUCCACUCGGGCUGGGUUGUUCAUUUUCUCGAGCUUAUCGAGACGAAGAACUUCGAGGUAUCUGACCCGUCCAUAGGGCAAUGCGUGGCAAUUGUUUCUACGAUCUAUCUUCAACAUAGUUUUGUCGAGGAUCAAGCAUUCAACAGAAAGGCGCAAGCGGGAUUUGAGAAAUGUCUCAGAUUCCUACGAAACAUGAGCCGUCGGUGGCCACAUAUCGAUCGCCAGGUCCGACAACUGCAACAACUCCGGGACAGCGUUUCCCCUGGAGGCCUUAUGACGGACAACAUCGCCCCAGGGGGGCCAAAUUCUCCCCAGAAGUGGUCUGUAAAUUUGCAGUUAUUGUGGAAGAUCUUAGUAUAUGCCCAUGCAAGCAAUCUAUCCGAUCCUGCUAGCGACAUCUUCGGCCCGGAACUUGCUAAAGACAGUGUCGGAUGCUCAGGGGACCCUACGGCCGGCGCUAUCACAGAACGUGAUUUUGCUUUGAUUGGAUCCGCUGGAAUCUCAGGCCACAAGACAGUGGCCCCCGAGUGUGUCACCUACCCACCUGAGCAGACUGAUGAUCCCAUACAAACGCAGGGUCAGACCUCACCAAGGAUGGGAUUUCCAGGGCUUCCGGAAGAUCCUAACGUUGAAUUUAGCGGUGGUGAUACGUUGUUCCUGCAGCUUCAAGAUUAUGAGAGGGCGUUUGAGGAUUGGCUUGGCUUUGACAACACUCCUCUGGCUAUCGAUCUGUUGUUCAAAAUGACCACAGCUAAAACAGACUCAAUCCUGAUUGUGGGCGCCGGCGUCUUCGGUCUUUCGACCGCUCUUGAACUCAACAAGCGCGGAUAUACGGACAUCACGGUUGUCGAUCGCUUUGUACCACCAUCAGCAGAUGGAAGCAGCGUUGACAUUUCGCGCAUUAUUCGCGCCGAUUAUGCAGACCCAAUCUACUCUCAAAUGGCCCGGGAGGCAUACAAUGGAUGGACCACCGAGUACAAAGAUCAAUACUUCGAAUCAGGAUUCGCCUUGUUCUCAGAGACGCCUAAGAAUGCAUACAUGGAGAAGUCCAAGGCUGUGAUUCGGGCGGCGGGUGGCAAGUUAGACGAUCUCGACGACGCCAUGGAGAUCCGCAAACUCUACCCCAGCGUUCAAGCCGAGCUUUCUGGCAUGAACGGAUAUCACAAUCCGAAAGGUGGAUGGGCGGAUGCCGCAGGAAGCAUUCAAAAGCUGGCUUCCAAGUGUACCGUGGCCGGCGUUUCUAUUAUUGCCGGACCUCGCGGUACUGUCGUCUCUCUCCGCCGGGCUGGCUCACGCGUCGUUGGCGUCAACCUUGUCGGAGGUCAGGUGUUGCUUGCUUCACAGGUGAUCUUGAGCACCGGCGCGUGGACUAACCGCCUUUUGGACAUGGGCCAUGCGGCAUCUUCCUCUGGUCAGCCCGUUGGCUUCAUUCAGUUGACCGAGGAGGAGGCUCUCGAGAUGAGAAAGAUCCCGGUUAUGAUCAACAUGAGCUCCGGUGUCUUCUCAUUCCCGCCCACACCGGACACGAAUGUUCUCAAGCUAGCACGCCACGGCUAUGGGUAUGCGACUGAUAUCACUGUCAAUGUGGAGGGCGUUCAGAAGUCGCUCUCAUCACCGAAAUUCGAAACCAGCAAUGCGGCUACUGGAUAUUUGCCUGACGACGCGGAUGAAUCUUUGCGAAAGGGUUUGCGUCAGUUCUUUCCCAAGCUGGGCGACCGCCCUUGGAUGAACCGUCGACUGUGCUGGUACACGGAUACCCCUAACGGUGACUUCAUUAUCGACCACCACCCAACCAUCCAGGGGCUGUUCAUGGCUACUGGUGGUGCAGGACAUGGAUUCAAAUUCCUCCCUGUCCUGGGACAAUAUAUCGCAGACUGCUUUGAGAACAAAGCACCCGAAGAGUUGCGCCAAAAGUGGAGGAUGAGCGCGCCUCAAGCUGACUCAGAAGGGCCCAUGGCAGGCGAUGGAAGCAGAGGAGGCCCUCCACUGAGGAAGCUGAGCCCGCUUGAACAAGCCAAGCUGUAA